CGCAAAAUAAAUACAGCAAGAAAGUAUCGUUUUUGUUUUAAUUAAUUUAUUGCCUAAUCUAGCUGUUUAAAUUGUCCAGAAACAUCACAGUUAAGAGUUCAACAUUUAAUUUAUAAGAAAUAUCUAAUUGCUGGAUUAAUUAUCGUGUCAAAAAAUCAAAUUAAAAGAUAAUUUAUAAAUAUUGAAAUUAGGCGCGAAAACUAUGGCAAAUUUAGAGAACUUUGUUACUGAAGCUGUACAUGCUGUAAAGUUUAAAAUGAUUCGCGAACGUCAGGAUGUUGACAAUGCUGAUGGAUGUUUCAGCCCAGAAAUGGCACAUCAGAUUUAUGGCGACAAUGAGAGCAUAUUUGGAUAUAAAGAUCUAAACAUCAAUGUCUAUUGCUCUGCAGGUUCAUUAGAUAUUUAUUAUGAUGUAAGUUACAGCAAAAAGGUCGAUGAUUUGACUAAUAAUCAAGGCCUAAAAGCCGACAAUGUUCAUGUUAUAACUGAAGUAUUCCCGAAUGGAUAUUAUACUAAUUUAGAAGAGUUUCUUAAUACAAUGGAAAAAAAGUCCAAGACUUUUGAGCCGUUUGGUGAAAGAUUAUGUGAAUACAAGAAUUUUGAAAUAUACAUGUGUGAGUCAUCAACACCAAACUUCCAACAAUAUCAUGCACGAUUAGAAUCCUUCAUUUUCUGGUUUAUUGAUGCUAGCAGUCGAAUUGAUCACGAUGAAAAAUGGCGAUUCUUUGUUGCUUACGAAAAAUAUCAAGAUUCUCAUGGCGAAACUCGUUAUGCAUCUGUUGGAUAUGCCUCUGUUUACCUUUAUUUCUCAUAUCCUGAUAAGAUUCGUCCUCGUAUUGCACAAUUCUUAAUCUUGCCGCCAUUCCAGAGAAAAGGUGUUGGAAACAAAUUAUUUCAGACAAUUUGUCAGCACUUCCGUUCCCAAUCAAAUGUCACGGACAUAACGGUUGAAGAUGCAUCGGAAGAUUUUCAAAGAUUGCGCAAUAUUCAUGAUGCAAGAUUACUUAAAAAUCUCCCAUCUUAUUCCUCUGUAAAUUUGAUGAAAGGAUUCAGCACAAAAAUGGCACAAGAAGCAAAAGAUAAUUUUAAGAUUAAUCCAAAGCAAUCGAGAAUUAUUUACGAGAUUCUUCGCCUAGGGAUUACAAAUACAGCAAACAGAGUUGAUUACAAGAACUAUCGUCUAGAAGUUAAGAAACGCUUAAAUAUGAAUUAUUUAAAGGAAAAGAGGGAUAUGAAGCGGGUCAUGGAUCGUGGAUUUAAAAUUAGUGCUGAUAAAAAGCUUUCAUUACCAUCGACUGAAGAAAAUAUUGAACAAUUAGAUGGAAUGUAUAAGGAAACCGAAGAGUACUAUCAAGGCGUCUUAGAACGCAUUUAAGGAAAAUAUUUAAGUCAUGUCCAUUAAUUUUUCUCAUUUUUUACUAUUUUUUAUCCCUUAAAAUUCACUAAAAAGUCUAAAGUUAAUAAAGAAAAGUUUUUUGAUAAAAAUAGCCUAAUGAUGAUCAAUUUUAUUAAACUUGAUUUCUAAAAGGGUAGUAAUUUGAAUGUAGGCAAGACUGAUAAUAAUAACCUGAAAUUACAAGUUAUAAUCAUUUUGAUGUGCGUGAUUUAAUUAGAGCAAAAAUAAAAGAUUAAUAAGUCGGAAAAG